UGCCCUUUGUACUUUAGCAUGCCUACUGUCUUUCUCAGCCCGGCACUCAUCACCUCCCAUCUAGCCACACCAUUCUGCAACAGGCAAGCAACUGAGAGAAGUAGGGAGAGACCAAGUCUCUCCUUUUUUACCUUGGAGUAGGAAGCAGCAGGAGAUACAAGAAAGGAAGCGACAAAGAAAUUCCCUGGCCAGUGGUGACAGGGAGAGCAGUGACAGCCAGGGAAUGGAUGUAGAGCUGCUGGAGAUCCCAGCAGAGCUUGCAGCCCUCCUGCAGUCAGCUGGAGGUCAGUAUGCAGCACAGGCCAAACAGAUAACUGAAGCUUUGCCUCCAGAAGUUAAGGUCAAAGAUGACCUUUCCCUCCCAGCCAACAUCAACAGCUAUCCUUUCUCCUCCUUCAUUAAGUCAUACUUCCAGAGGACAGAUUUCCCUGCCCCUGGUCAUCCCCUGCAGCAGCCCUUAACACGCCUGGAAGCUGAAUACCGGGAGAGCGCACUUGAGAUCAAUAAACUGAUUUUGCGGUUCAUUGGUGACAAGAAUCUCCACGGCUGGCAGGAGGUCCUUCUGGGCAACUACAUUGCUGGGAGAGGUUUGAACAACAGGGCUCUGCGCAACGAAAUCUUCAGCCAAGUGGCCACCCAGGCAUGGAAGAACCCAGAUGUGGAACAGAGCCAGCGAGCCUGGGUCCUGAUGGCGACGUUACUGAGCUCCUUUGUCCCUUCACCAGCACUGGAGAAGCCAUUGCUGAAGUUUGUGUCAGAUCAUGGCAUGGAUGGCUACAAUGCUGUUUGUCAGCGCAAGAUCUUGACAGCAGCGCAGCACGCAGAAUAUGCAUCGUCCCGUGUGCACCCUCCCACUCAACUGGAAUGGACUGCAAACAGGAGGAAAGGGAAGAUGGUGCUGGAUGUUCAUACAUUUAAUGAUGAGAAGUUCUCAGCUGAGGUGGAGUCCUGGAUGACCGGGGAACAGUUUGCAGGAUGGAUGCUCAGUGCAAGGGGCUGUGAUAAGAGGUCUCGAGGGUGGUCUAUCUCCAUGCUAACUGGCAACACGUGGCAGGAUUUAUUGGGCAGUGACUUUGUGCUGGACCUCAUUGGAGAGAUGGAGGAGGCCAGCAACCCCAGCAGCCCCUCUGCGUCCUCACAGAGAUACCCCAUUGCUCCUGAAAGGGACAGAAACUUCCUCCACAACUCUGCCUUGGAUCUCAGGAUUCCCCCUGCCCCAGGCAUCCAGGCCCCUGCCUUCCCCCCGCCCAGACUGCCUCCAGAGUCCAGCAGUGCCCAUCGAGAUUUUGGAAUCAGAGAUGAGAUGGUGACCCCUGGAGGUUUGGAUCACUAUGUGGACGAUCUCUUCAGCCCUGUCUUACAUCAGGGCUCCAGGACACCAGAUUUGGACAACAGGGAAAGCCUGACCAGGCGCAUGAAGGGAGGUGGGAAGAUCGGACCCACACAGAGAGGAAUCUUUCCUUCCACAGGCUUCUCUGGAAUGAUGCAAACACCAGUCUACCAGCCCAUGCCUUCGAUGAUGGGGAUGCCAGCUGCCUCAGCCAUGAUGCCGGGGGCUGGUGGGAUUGCCCCUAUGCCAGCCAUGUACAUGCCCCAGCCCGUGGUGCCCACUGUAGACCCCAGUCAGCUGGCAGCACAACAGCAAGCCUUCAUCAACCAGCAAGCCAUGCUCAUGGCUCAGCAGAUGACCCUUCAAGCCAUAAAUCUUUCCCAGCAACAGCAGCAGCAGCAGCGACAGCAGUGGCGGCAACAGCCUCCUGAGAGCUCAAGGCCAAGAGCCUCAAGCCCACCACGAAGCCAAGCCCCAGCCCCAGCCCCAGCCCCAGCCACUUCCCCCAAACCCAAGAUGUCUCCCAGCAACCAAGUUGUGACACCACCACCAAAGGCUCCAGAGCCACCAGCUCAGGCAGAAAGACCGGUUUACGACUCCAGCAGUGAAGAUGAUGACUAUCCUCCGGAAACUUUCCAGCAGAAGAGAGCUUUUUUUCAGAGGAUGGGAGAGCAAAAGAUCCUAGUGAAGAAAGUCAGGGUGCCUUCCAAAACCUGGACACCUCCAGCAAAUCCUCAGCCAAAGGAGAUGGAAGAGGAGAAAAAAGAACAGGAGAAAGAGAAGAAUAUGACAGAAGAGAAACCCAGCCCUAAAACAGAGGCAGCUCCUGCUGCCCCUUUGCCACCUCCUGAGCCAAAGCCGAAGAAACAGACACCAAAAGCAAGGAAGGAACCACCAGUAGUGAAACCUUCAGCCCCUGAGUCUCGACCUGAACCAAGCCGGGAGAUCCGUAACAUCAUCAAAAUGUACCAGAGCAGGCCAGCCCCCGAGCCCCAGCCUAUUGAGCCUGCCAGGAGAGUGUCCAAGCCAUUUAUGAAGAGGAAUGACCCCAAAAAUGAGGCUUUGGCCAAGCUGGGGAUGAUGAAUCUCAAUUCUCCCAAAUCACCACCCCCACCGCCUCAAGAGAAGCCCAAAGGGACACCACCACCCACCAAGCCCAAGCCAGAAUCAACUUCCACCUCUAUCAAGGAAAAACAGAUACCUCUGCUGUCCGUCUUCAGGGAGCCAUCAAGUACCCCACCAGAUUCCCCAGCCCCUCCUGUUCUCCCACCUUUGCCCCCCUCUUUUCCUCCUGGGAACCAAGGCUUGCAGGAAAUCUCAUCAAAGGGCUCUACUGUAACAGAAGAUGAUGGGAUCAAGACCCAGCUGUAUAAGCUGACUGCUGGUGUCAGCUUUUCCUACUUCAACCCUCCUUGGAAAAUCUUUCUGCGCAAAGAGGUGUUUUACCCCAAAGAAAACUUCAGUCACCCUUAUUGUCUCAACUUGCUGUGUGAACAGAUCAUACGUGACACCUUCUCUGAUUCCUGCCUUCGCAUUUCCAAAGAGGAGAAGCGCAAGAUGAAAGACCUGCUGGCGGUGUUGCAGGUUGGCAAUGAUGCUCAGUCCAUUCAGGAGGAUGGGAUAAAGAAGAGGAUCGUGGUGGCUGCUCGGGAUAACUGGGCUAACUAUUUCUCCCGCCUUUUCCCAGUUCAAGGUGAAAAUGGAAGUGAUGUCCAGAUCCUGAGUGUUUCCCACCGAGGCCUGAGGCUGCUGAAAGUGGUGAAAGGAGCUGCCUAUGCUCCUGAGCACCUGAAGAUCCUUUGCAGCUACAGCUUUGCAGAUGUGUUCUCGGUGGAGCUGAAGGACAGCAACUCCCUGGAGUUCUCUCUGAAGUCGGAGCAGCUCUUACUGCACUCUCACAAGGCUCCGUGCAUCAAGGCCAUGGUGGAACUCUUCAUCCAGGAGCUAAGGCAGGAUACCAACUACGUUGUUGCUCUGCGCAGCUAUGUCACAGAUGACAAGAGCCUCCUCAGCUUCAAGAAGGGUGACCUGAUCCAGCUCCUGCCCAUGCAAGGCUUGGAGCCAGGCUGGCAGUUUGGCUCCACUGGUGGCCGCUCCGGUAUUUUCCCUACCAGCUUAGUGCAAUUGGCUGCAGCCCCUGAUUACCUCAGCGCCAGCAUGAACAGACGUGGAGGGCUGGAAAAGAGCAGGAAAGUUUCCUUUGAUAGCAGGAACACCAACAGGGAGACCUCUGUUCCCAGCCUGAUAUCAGAGCACUCCAGCACCACGUCAAUCCCUGCUGGUGAUCAUUACACCAUGAUGGACUUCGCCGCUGCCUAUUUCCGAGAGGCUCAGUUCAUGACGGAAUUGAAGGGGACACCUGCUGAAAAGAAGACUAUAGCUGAUAUGGUCCAGUACACCAAGGUUCCAAUCCAGGAGUCUUUGCUCCGGUACUCUGAUAGUGAACUGAAUGAGCUUGCAACAAAGAACUUCAUGACUCUGAUGCGUUUCAUGGGAGAUCAGGCAAAACUCAAGAACCAGGAUGAUGCUCACUGCGUCUACGAAAUCCUUCAGCUGUGCAAGGAGAAGGAGAAUUUGCAAGAUGAAGUUUACUGCCAGGUCAUCAAACAGGUCACUCUCAACCCCAACCAGCAGAGCGUGCUGCAGGGUUGGCUGCUCCUAAAUCUGCUCACUGGCUUCUUCCUCCCUUCUAACGUCCUGAUGCCCUAUGCCACCAAGUUUCUGCAGCAAGCCAGCAGCGACCCAUCCAGCACCCACCACGAAAUAGCCAGGACUUGUCAGAGCAACCUGCGGAAAAACUUCAUGUAUGGGGGCCGUCGCCACCUUCUUUUCCCUGUGGAGAUGGAGGCACUGCUGAAGGGGCGCAGUGCCCGCCGGCUGGAGGUGCUGAUGUUUGGAGGUGUGGAAUACAUCACCCGCAUCAGGACAUUCACUGUGGCCAAGGAGCUCGUGCAGGAGAUCUGUGAGCAGAUGGGGGCAGGAGAGCAGGAAGAGAUUCAGGAAUUUGCUCUUUUUGCCAUCAGGAGCACCAGUGAUAAAAAUGACAAAAUUGUGAGGCCAAUAAGAAUGGAGGAAUACCUUCAUGACUACUUGCUCGAAGACAUGCUGGUCAGUCUGAGUUUACGCAGGCUCACCUGGAAGACACCUCUGCACUUUGAGGACAAAAUCUAUACUGACAUCCAUUACGGCCAGGUACAAUGGGACUACCUGGCAGGGAAGAUACUGAUAAGCUACAGUAAAGAACUGGAGAUGCAACUGGCUGUUUUGGUUAUGCUCCAGCACUGGGCCAAAACAGAGCAGAAGAGCUCUGCUCCCUCCAGGGAAGAGCUGAAGGAAUACAUACCAAAGUCCUUGCAGUCCCGAAUCAGCACUGAGACUCUGCAGAACCAUCUUGACAGGCUGCUGCAAACCAUGCAGCCGAUCCAGCCAGUGGAUGCAAAAAUCCAGUUCAUAGAGCAAGUGAUGAAACAGCCAUUCUUUGGCUACAACAUCUUCUUGGUGGAGAAAGUCAGUAACAGCACAAUCCCUGUGCCCUGUUAUUUUGGUGUGAAUAAAGAACAGAUCAUUGUGGUGGACAGCAUCACCCAGGAGCUCUGCCACAUCAUCCCAUUGAAAGAGCUGCAGAGGAUGAGAACCCUGCGCCCCACCUCCGAGCAGGGGCUUCCUGGCAUAGAACUGAACUACGGCUCUGCUGCCAGCCCCAAGACUCUAUGGAUUGAGCUAUCCCAGGCUAAAGAGAUGUACCACACAACUGUUGUCAUCCUGGAUAAAAUAGAUUUUCAGCACUAGAGUUUGAGGAGAACGCCUCCCCAAAACAUCCAUGACCUCUGCUGCUUCUACAACUGCUACCAAGUGAUGGCAUGGUUCUUGAUGGACUGGACUGUGAAGUCACCCCUGGUGGCCCACCAUUCAGCCUAAGUCCUCUUUCUUGAAGCAAUACUUGCACUGGUUGAACAAACCACAAGGCACCCUCUCUAUUCCCUUGCUUUUUUGUGGCUUGUUCCAGUACAGCAGCACAAGAAAUGCAAGUAACUGCCUUCAAGCUAUGCACUGUGGGACUGUUUUUUAAGUCUUUUUGAAUUAAUUAACAUAAGAAAGCAAAGCCAAGGCUAUCAAUUGACUGCUGCUGUUUUCCACAGACCAGCUUUUUCUCUGUAUUGAUAUGCAAGAGGCCCUGUAGCAGGGUUUGUGAAGCAGAAGCUUGUAAACAGCAUCACAAUGCAAAGCAGAUCAGUGUUCAUUUACAAUUGCCACGUAUUAUAUACAAUUGCUGGGGCACAGAUUGAGCUGCAGUGGUAAGAAGGUCCAUUGUUAAUUUCUCACUGACAUAAUUAUAUGGGUAUUUUUCCUUCCACUAUACAGAACUCAAUUGUAUCCAUGCAGCUGUCAAAUUAUGGCUCCAUGCCCUGGAGAAAGUGUAUUCAAGUGGAAAUUGUAUUACAGCAGAGGAGAGCAUCCUGGAUUGUACAAAACCACUUAAUUUAUUUUUAUUUCUAUGGCUAUCCUAUUGGACUAAUAAGUAUCUUCAUUUUUAGGAGAUUUAGAAUGAAAUAAUUGCAUAAUGGAUAUUUUGAAGCUAUGAGAUGACAGAUACUGCUUUACCUCUGAUACGGGAUGAUUGACCUGCAGGUAACUGCAAAAGCUUGAGGAAAAGGUUGCAAUUGUUGGCUGGGCACCAGAUCUGGGGUCGUCCAAUGCAGGCCAUGAUGCACAGCUGGCUGCUUGCUGCUGAUGCCAGCACCAACCACAGCACUUUCCUGUCAGGAGCUUCCAUGCUAAAGCUGAACUGUAUGGCACCUUCUCUCUUUAUCAACACAAGGCUUGGUGAACAGCAACAUGAAAUAAAGAACUAGAGAACAUC